AUGGGUGAUUACUUGACUCCUUCUACAUUACCCCAACCAAAAUUAAAGAGAACCAACACUGGGUUCACCCCCAACCAAAUUAUCGCCUUGGAUGCGUCCAUUCCGGAAUCGGCCAAGCACAUUUGGUACAAGAACUCGCAAUUGACCAUUUUAGACUCCAAGAGAAAGCAACCUAGUGACACCGUCAAGUCCGUAGUUGAUUCCAAGGAAAAGUUUGAAGAAGAGUUUGUCAAGCAUGUCGAAACCUCCUUAGGUCGUUCCAUGUAUAAUUGUGACGAUUUAGCAGCUUAUCAAGCCGCCUCCAACACAAUUAGAGAUGCUUUGAUUAUUGAUUGGGCUAAUACCCAACAAAAGCAAACCAUUCAAGACGGUAAGAGAGUUUACUACCUUUCUUUGGAAUUCUUGAUGGGUAGGGCUAUGGAUAAUGCUUUGAUCAACUUGAAGUGUGAAAACAACACUAGACAAUCCUUGAAUGAAUUGGGUUUCAAUUUAGAAGAUGUUUUGAACCAAGAACCUGACGCUGCUUUAGGUAACGGUGGUUUGGGUAGAUUGGCUGCUUGUUUUGUCGACUCCCUUUCCUCCAAGAACUAUUCUGGUUGGGGUUAUGGUUUAAACUAUCAAUAUGGUAUUUUUGAACAAAAGAUUAUUGACGGUUACCAAAUUGAGGCUCCAGAUUACUGGUUGAAGUAUUCUAACCCUUGGGUUCUUGACAGAAAUGAAAUUCAAAUCCCAGUUGAUUUCUAUGGUUAUGUUUAUGAAGAACAUGACCCAAACACUGGUAAGGUCAAGAAGAAUUGGAAUGGUGGUGAACGUGUCUUGGCUGUUGCUUCUGAUUUCCCAAUUCCAGGUUAUAAUACUGACAACACUAACAAUUUGAGAUUAUGGAAUGCCAAGCCAACCAAUGAAUUUGAUUUCACCAAGUUCAAUGCCGGUGAUUACCAACAAUCGGUUGCUGCCCAACAACGUGCUGAAUCCAUUACUUCUGUUUUGUAUCCAAAUGACAAUUUUGAAAGUGGUAAGGAAUUGAGAUUGAAGCAACAAUACUUCUGGGUUGCUGCCUCUUUACAUGAUAUUGUCAGAAGAUUCAAGAAGCAACAUAAGCAAAACUGGAAGAAGUUCCCUGAUCAAGUUGCCAUUCAAUUGAAUGAUACACACCCUACUUUGGCUGUUGUUGAAUUGCAAAGAAUCUUGGUUGAUUUAGAAGGUUUGGAAUGGAAUGAAGCUUGGUCUAUUGUCACCAGCGUUUUCGCCUACACUAACCAUACUGUUAUGGCUGAAGCUUUAGAAAAGUGGCCAGUUGAUUUAGUUGGUAGAUUAUUACCAAGACACUUGGAAAUCAUUUACGAUAUCAACUUUUUCUUUUUGAAGGAGGUUGAACGUAAGUUCCCAGGUGACCGUGACUUGAUUAGAAGAGUUUCUAUUAUUGACGAAUCUCCAAAGUCAGUUAAGAUGGCUUUCUUGGCUAUUGUUGGUUCCCACAAGGUCAAUGGUGUGGCCGAAUUACAUUCUGAAUUAAUCAAGACUACUAUUUUCAAGGACUUUGUCAAGGUCUUUGGUGCAGAAAAGUUCACCAAUGUUACCAAUGGUAUCACUCCUAGAAGAUGGUUGAGACAAGCUAACCCUAAGUUGGCUGCUUUGAUUGCCGAAAAGUUGAAUGAUCCAGAAUAUGACUACUUGACCAACUUGGGUAAAUUGAAACAAUUGGAGCAAUUUGUUGAUGAUGAAGAUUUCUUGAAGCAAUGGCAUGCCAUUAAGUUUGACAACAAGCGUAAAUUGGCUGCUUUGGUUAAGGAACUUACUGACAUUGACAUUGAUCCAUCUGUCUUGUUUGAUGUUCAAGUUAAGAGAAUCCACGAAUAUAAGAGACAACAAUUGAAUAUUUUCGCUGUGAUUUACCGUUACUUACAUAUCAAGGAAUUGUUAUCCAAGGGUGUCACCAUUGAAGAAAUCAAGAAGAACUACUACAUUCCAAAGGCUUCUAUUUUCGGUGGUAAGGCUGCUCCAGGUUAUUACAUGGCCAAGACCAUUAUUCACUUGAUCAACAAGGUUGGUGAAGUUAUCAAUGCUGAUAAGGAAAUUGGAAACUUGUUAAAGGUUGUUUUCAUUCCAGAUUACAAUGUCUCCAAGGCAGAAAUUAUUUGUCCAGGUUCUGAUUUAUCCAACCAUAUUUCUACUGCUGGUACUGAAGCUUCUGGUACUUCCAACAUGAAGUUUGCCUUGAAUGGUGGUUUGAUUAUUGGUACUGUUGAUGGUGCCAAUGUUGAAAUCACCAGAGAAAUUGGUGAAGAAAACAUUUUCUUGUUUGGUAACUUGGCUGAAUCCGUGGAAGAAUUAAGACACAAACAUGUAUUUGAAGGUGUCAAUGUUCCAGAAACUUUACAAGUUGUCUUUAAUGCCAUUGAAAAGGAAGUUUUCGGUCCUGCUGAUGAAUUUAAGUCAUUGAUUGACUCAAUUAGAUACCACGGUGACUAUUAUUUAGUUACUGAUGAUUUUGAAUUAUUCUUGGAUGCCCACAAGAAGUUGGAAAAGGUUUAUGGUCAUGAUGGUGGUGAUGCCACUGACCGUGGCCAUUUACAAGAAUGGGUCAAGAAGUCUGUUUGGAGUGUUGCCAAUAUGGGUUUCUUUUCUAGUGACAGAUGUAUUGAUGAAUACGCUGAAAAUAUCUGGAAUGUCGAACCAUCUAACCAAUAA